AUGAAGACAGCUGAGAAAGUCCAAAAUCUCAUAGACACUGUGACCAAUAACCAAUACUUCUAUGGUCAUCAAAGGCAAUGCCAACCAGCUCAACAGAAGGGUGUGUUGGAGCUGGAAGGUGUGGAUACUAUCUUGGCACAAAAUAAAGUUAUACACCAACAAAUCCAGCAACAAAUAGAGAUGAUGGCUAAGAGGAUUGAUGGCCUUCAAAUAGCAUCAGUGGGCACUACAAAUCAAUCAUCAGUUGGAUGGGGGCAGAAUGAAGAAAUCUAUAAAGAGCAGCAGCCAGAACAAGUUAACUAUAUGCACAACCAAGGUGCACAGAACGAAUUUCAUGGAGACACUUACAACCCCUCUUGGAGGAACCAUCCCAAUCUAAGGUGGGGAGACAACCAGAACCAAAACUCUUGGCAAAGAAACUCCAACCAAAACAACUCCCGCAACACAAACCACCAGAACCAUCAGCAAACUAACCAAAAUCCAUAUAGAAAACCACAAAACAAUUACCCCAAUUCUAACUUCUAUCCACCCCAUAACUCAUCAACUAACCAAAAUAAUUUCCAACAACCACAUUCACCUCACACUCAGCCACAACCACCCGAAGAAUCCCAAAGAAUCUCCAAUUUGGAGAUGAUGAUGGAGAAGAUGAUGAAGCAUCAAGAGUUAGCUAAUAAGAACCACGAAACUUCACUAAGAAACCUAGAAAGACAAAUAGGCCAACUGUCUAAACAGCCUAAAAAACUAACCAACACUUUCGCAAGUGAUUCCAUUCCAAACCCCAAAGAAGAAUGCAAAGCAAUUCAACUCAGGAGUAGAAGAACAUUGAAGGAUGACAAGGUUGGCAGUAAGAAGGAAGUGGCAAUUGAAGAGAAGGACUACGAAGAGCUCAAGAAGAAGGAUGAAGAACCACAAUCUUCAAAGAAGGAAAAGCAAGUUACGGAGGAGCAUUCGCAAGAACAGAGGAAGGAAAUGAAGCCUUACAGUCCUCCUCUGCAAUACCCUCAAAGAUUGCAAAGAGAGCUUAAGGAUCAACAAUUUCUCAAGUUCCUAGAGGUUUUCAAGAAACUGGAAAUUAACAUACCACUUGCUAAAGCAUUGGAAGCAAAUGCCCCUGUAUGCUAA